CGGAUAUCUCGGGCGCCCAAGACUGUACGUCUCCCCGACUUGGGGCCAGGGACGGCUCGGGCAGCACCCGGCCCGCCGCGCGCGCACGCGCGCGGCCCGGCGCGUGCGCCAUCGUGGGGCGCCGCGGGCCUCUGGAGUGCCAGGAGUAAUGUUCUCCUCCGACGUGCAGUCCAUCAUCACCACGCUCAUGGGGGAUGGCGACAAGGAGGGGGACGUCAUCAAGAAGGCGCUGCGCACGUCGGAGAGCCUCUCCAUCCUCAAGUCGGCUCAGGGGGAGAAGGAGGCGAGAUUCACCCUGAGCGAGCUGUCGAAGACCCUGGCCAUUGUCGCGAAGAUGUCGGAGGCUGGAUACGCCCACGACAAGACCAUCGCAAUCUGCAAGGCGAUCUUCGUGGACAUGUCCGAUGCCAACCUCGAUGCUGCCUUUGAGAUGUUCGAUACGGACAAGGGGGGCACCAUCGAUGCGGCCGAGCUGCGGCAGGCGCUGCCGCUCAUGGGCGAGAACGUGCCCGAGG